CCUAGAGCCAGCAAAUUUUGAAUAAUGUAUUUCGACCCCCUAACAAUUUUCAAGAACUAGGUGCCUCUGUAGAAUGGGUUGAUGCAACUCAAAUGAUAGAAGAAAUGAGAGUAGAUGUCCAAAAUGUUCUUUCCUGGAAACAAGAAGCUGUUAAAAAAAUAGCUGAAGUAGCCGAGCAUGCUGCAUUUACUCACCAACAUGAUAAAAAUAUCAAGUAUGAGUAUUAUAAUGCUAGACUUGAUGAUGAAAAGGAAGCUGAUGUUAGCAAUAAUGAAGUCAUUAGGAAACCAAAGCAUAAAAAAAGUAUUCGAGAUCUGGAUAUGAAGCCACAUAGAAAAUUUGCCAAUGCACCAGUAAAUUUUAAACAUAGUUCAGUUCAUGUCCCCACAAAUGUUUAUGAUCAAGACCCUAAAGUGCUUAAUGCUAUUAAGUGGUCUGAGUAUCUCACUCCCACAUUUGGAAAUAAUUUGGCAGCAGAUCCGACUCUAAAUUGGCAAUAUUUUGGUAGCAGUACUGGUUUUUUACGAACAUAUCCUGCUACAGUGUGGACUCAAGAAGGUAGAGAAAAACCUGAUUUAUAUGACUGCCGUACACGUUCUUGGUAUGUCAAAGCUGCUGCCUCAGCAAAAGAUAUAGUUAUUCUUGUUGAUGGUAGUGGGUCUAUGACUGGCAUUAGAAAAGAAAUUGCACGGAAUGUCGUUGCAGACAUACUUGCUACACUUACGGAAGAUGAUUUUGUAACUGUCCUUAGAUUUUCUGAAGAGAUUACUCCAAUUGUUCCAUGUUUUGAAAAUUCCCUUGUCCAAGCUACUGAAGAAAAUGUUCGGGAGUUUAUGAAACAUAUGAAGAAAAUGGACACGUCAAAUAUUGCAAAUUUCACACUGAGUUUAAUUACAGCUUUUGAGUUGUUGCAAAGAUACAACAAGUCUUGUUUAGGAACUCAGUGCAAUCAAGCCAUUAUGAUAAUAACUGAUGGAGCUCCUAAUACAUUUGAAGAUAUAUUUCGGCGUUACAACUAUCCAAAUAUACCUGUGCGUGUUUUUACAUAUCUUAUUGGUAAGGAAGUCACAGAAACUCAUGAAGUUAACUGGAUGGCUUGUGCUAAUAAAGGUUAUUAUACUCAUAUGGCAACUUUAUCUGAAGUGCGGGAUAAAGUGCAGAAAUACAUUCCUGUUAUGAGCAGACCUAUUGUACUUUCUCGUGCACGACCAUUUGUAUGGACAUCUGUUUAUGCUGAUGUUCCUGCGACUGAUUUGACUCUAGCAGAAUGGGAGGAUAGGGAAUUUGAGCGUAUUCGUCAUAAACUUAAUGCAAUGCGGCGUGAAAUGUGGUUUGCUUCACAAGAAGAUGAUGAACCUGAUGAUCCUGGUAGUACACCAGAACCUAUACGAGAACAUAAAGAAAUAAGGCCUUUGCAAUUAAUGACUACUGUUGCCACACCUGUGUUUGACACAAGAAAUAUGAAAUCUGCGGUUCUGUUGGGAGUUGCUGGUACAGAUGUUCCUAUUCGAGAAAUUACAAAAUUAACAAGAGCUUAUAAGCUUGGUGUUAAUGCCUAUUCUUUUGCUAUCACAAACAAUGGCCAUGUUUUGUUUCAUCCAAAUCUUCAACCAUUAUUUCAAGAUCUUUUGAAACCUGGUUACCGAAAUGUUGAUUUGACAGAGGUUGAAUUAGUUGAUACAGAUUCAGGACUUUAUGAAUUUGAUGAACAGUUAUUAACAAUUAGAAAUUACAUGGUGGACAGAAAAAUAGGCUGGGGGAAAAUACCUGUAAAAAUACCAAUUGAUGAUUUUAGAAGAGUUGUUACAAGAGUUAAUUCUUAUUACUAUGGGCCUAUAAAUGCUACUCCAUUUUCAUUGGGUGUAUCUCUCCCUGAGCCUUAUGGGCGUUACCGUGUAGUUGGUCAAGUGGAAGUGAAGAGGAAAGGUGAAGAUUGGUUGCAGUAUUUUCGGGGAAAUAACUGGCGUGUCCACCCUGAUUGGAUUUAUUGUGAGAAUUCUCAGAAAGAGGAUAAUGAUUAUACAACCCCUGAAGAAAACAUUAAAAAGUUUUUGUCAGAAUCUCUCUCAACUCAAAAUUUUAGAUGGAGUACAACUAGCACCCGUCCACCAAUAUUUGAUAAACCUAUAUGUGAGAAAGACCUAAUACAAAGUCUUGUCUUUGAUGCAAAAGCAACAUUAGUGGAUCAUGAAAAGUGUCAAAAAGAAAGUGGAGUCAAAAAUUAUGA